AUAAACCUGAUCGUGUUCGUCAACAGCAUCAAUGCGAUCGCGAGACAGGAAAAGAUUAUUAAGAAACCACUUGGAUUGAAACCGUCCAAGACGCAGAAGACGAUCAUCGAUGAGUUUCGUCAUUUGUCGCCCGAUGAUGUUGAAUUUUUAAAACAAGUCGACAAGCAAUUUAAAAUGCACGGAAACAAAAUUAAGAUCAAGGUUGAAAGAGAGAAUGCAACAGUCUUCACGAACAAAAAUACGAAAAGAACAAUCGAUGAUUCGUUGGGCUACGGAUAUAAUCAGAAUCAACAGCAAAGAAGUUAUUACUUUUCUCAGCCUCAUCUCAUGCAUCGCUUCACUGAACAUGACGUGCCAGCUGAUAAAGGUGGCUAUCGUGAGAAAGCGAUUGACAUUGAGGUUCAACAGUCACAUAGCUUUGAAAUUAAAGACCCAGAAAUGACGAAUUAUCAGCCUCAGGCUUCUGCUUAUCAUCAUGAACAAGUUUAUGAAGAUCCAGUCCCAGUCAUUGUACUUCGUGUCCCUGGACCAUCGAAAUAUGCGCUUCACCUUCAAGCACUUCUCCAACAAUAUUUGGAAAUUAGAGCAGCGCAAUUUAUCAAAGCACUUGAAGAUCAAGAGCGUCACGGACAAUUGUUACACCCACAACAUUAUCUUGCACAACAAAAUCAUCAAAUGCAUUAUAUUCCCAUGGUUGCUUUCCAACAGAUGUAUCAGCAACAGCCUUACUAUCAACAACAAGAUUAUCAGCAGCAAUAUUACCAACAACCGCAAGUUCAUCAAGAAACUUCUUCUUAUCAAAUCCCAGCGGGUGAACAAAGUUAUUACAAACAUCAACCAUCACAACAAGAAUCAAUUCACUCACAAAGUCAUCAAGAAUAUCCCACAAGCUACAUAAAUUUCGUGACACCGGCAUAUGAACAAGGCGAAUUACAUCACAAAACUCAACACAUUCAACAUCAUCACCAUCAUGAUGAAGACGUGUCUUUAGAGACAGUUGAAAACUAUCCAAGUGAGAAACACACGCAAGUUAUAUUUAAGAAGAAGAAAAAUCGAAAUCAUCGUCCAAGUGUGACGUUGCUUAAAUCAGAACCAAUUGUUGUUCCAGAUCAACCUUCGUCACAAUAUGAAGAAGUUUAUGAAAAUCAUCAAUCGGAGCAAAUUUAUCAGAAUCAUCAAACUGAACAUGAUUCGUAUGGUUAUGCGAGUGUUCAUAGUGAACAUCCAGCUGAAGAACAUGUUGUGGCAGUCACACAAAGAUCAAAAGGUCCAAUUAAUUAUCAUGUUUUGCAAUCAACACUUGCACCGAAUCACAAGGAACUUCAAGAUCGUCACAUUCCCAAACGAAUGGCGCCUUUCACAAAAGAAUAUUUUGAAAAAGCUCAUCGCAUUAUGACGGGAAAAUCGAGAAGAAAUCGCAUGUCAUUGAAACAAGAAAAAUCAAUGAUGGAGAAAUCAUCAGAAGAAAAAACGAAAUAA